AUGAGUUUAGUCGUGUUGAGCGUGGGAAAGGCCCGAAUUUCACCAUUUCCCAAGGCUAUGGAGUGUUUGCGUCUCUCACCUCUGCCUGAAGUCGACGUUAAUAAGAGAUUGGUGGAGCGUUUUAAGGAUCCACUCUCUGUGGUGCAGUUGGGCAGUCGCUUUGGUGGAUUGCUAACGGCUAACUUGCGCAGGGUGAAGGAGCCUAGGAGUAUUCAAGUGAGGAACAGUGGACUGCGCUGCCUACCCUAUUUGGGCUGCCAACUUUGUGAGUCCAGUUGCGCUCAAUGCUGUUGCCUCGUGGAGUGGUUGGUUAAGAGAGGUCAUUGGGACCCCACACCCUCGUCGUUUCGAGUUGCUGCGGGGUCUGUUACGACGGAUGUUGAAGCUACUGGCGUUGAAGUUGACAUGGGGUUGCGAUCGUGGGUGCCGUUUCAGGUGUCGUCGCGCUUGCGGUGCAUCUGCAGGUCCUAUGAGAAGUUGUUCGUGGAUGUUGCUCCUGACCCGGCUUCAUAA